AUGAUGGCGGCUCAGUUGAUCGAACAUGUGCUGGCCCAGGCAGAGAAGGACGAGGCGGAGAAGCUGCGGCUGAUCACGGUGGACAAGGAGCUGGAGCUGCACUUCGACCUGGGCAACCUGCUGGCGGCAGACCCCAAUCCGGCGGACGGCAAGGCCUUCAGGCAGCAGAAGCGGGAGGACUUCCUGCGCUCCCUGGCCCGGGACAACACCCAGCUCCUCAUCAAUCAGCUGUGGACUCUGCCGACCCAGCGGGUGGAGGAGGCGGUGGUGGCCACUCUGCCGGAACCCAGCACUCGGCUGCCCCGGGAGAAACCGAUCCCGAAGCCCCGGGCGCCCACCCGCUGGGAGGAGUUCGCCAAGUUAAAGGGCAUCAAGAAGAAGAAGAAGACCAACCUGGCGUGGGACGAGGCCAGCAAGGAGUGGCGGCGGCGCUGGGGCUACAAACGGGCCAACGAUGACACCAAGGACUGGCUGAUCGAAGUCCCGGCCACCGCAAACCCCAACGAGGACCAGUUCUCCAAGAGGGUGAAGGCCAAGAAGGAGCGGGUGGCCAAGAACGAGCUGAACCGGCUGAGGAACCUGGCCAGAGCCGACAAGGGGAAGGUCCCGGGGGUAGGACUCACCCCUACCGGGCAGCCUAGCCGGGAUGAGCUGGGCAAAGCCAUGCAAGUGGCCAAGAGGUCUACAGCCUCCGUGGGCAGGUUCCAGGACAAGCUACCCAAGGAGAAGGAGCCCAAGAACAUGGGCAAGAAGAGGAAGUUCCUGCCUUUGGUGGGGGACCUGGGAGCAGAGAAGACCAAGCAGCUGGAGAUCCUGAAGGUCCUGGACAGUAAGAAACCCAUGUUGGAUGUCACCAAGGCGGUCAACAGGCAGAUGAGGGAGGAGGAUGCAGAGGAGUCCGCCAAGAAGAGGAAGACCUUCAAAAAGGGGCGAGGG